ACCAAGAGGCCGGCCAAACUUGCUGGUCACUCUUAUCACAUUGAAGUAAAAGCAAAGCAAAAGCUCUCAAAAUGUUACCGGAAAAUAAGCAGCAGCCGCCGGACGGACUGAACUACGAUGAGACGAAGCUGACCUUAGGGUUGCCUGGUUCGGGCUCGAAACGUGGAUUCUCAGAGACCGUUGAUAUUAGUCUUGGGAGCUCGAGCUCAUCGUCGCCAAGAGCAGGGGUGGAAUGUUGUGAUCAAUAUAGUGUUGUUGAUGGUGGGGACAAAACUCAUAAGGCUCCAGCUAAGGCACAAGUGGUUGGAUGGCCACCAGUGAGAGUUUCAAGGAAGAACUUGAUGAACAGCUGCAAAUAUGUGAAAGUGGCAGUUGAUGGAGCUCCAUAUCUGCGCAAGGUUGAUCUUGAGAUGUACAACAGCUAUCAGCAGCUUUUGGGUGCUCUUGAGGACAUGUUUUCCUUCUUAAAAAUCCGUAAUUACUUAAAUGAGAGCAAGCUUAUGGACCCUGCAAAUGGGGUGGAAUAUGUACCAACUUAUGAAGACAGAGAUGGCGAUUGGAUGCUUGUUGGAGAUGUCCCAUGGAAAAUGUUUGUGGAAACAUGCAAGCGGCUCCGGUUGAUGAAAAGCUCAGAGGCGAUCGGAUUAGCUCCGAGGACGCCUCCGCAAUGCACAAGCACACACUGAAAAAGGCCUUUUACUGUUUUACAUAUGAUGAGAGAGAGAGAGAGAGAAAUAAUGAAAAAUACAAGGAGAUGUAUGUACAGAGUCUUUCUCUUCUUGUUCGGGGAGUUUUGAUUAGAUGAGAUAGAAAGAAAAAAAAAACUGAUAAAAAUAAAAGUGAUCCGUCUGCAAUUCUCUGUAAGUCUGCAUUUUGCCAUUUUUGGUAUUUAAUGCACUUCCUUUUGUCACACUUUUUCUUCUUUUUACCUGGAUUGUAUACUUUAUUAGAUACAAUCUAAUAAAUUUCGUAUAUAAAACGUAUAAUGA